AUGGAAGGACAAAUCGACAACGCUAAGAAGUUCCUCAACAGCGACGAGGGCAAGGGUGUCAAGGAGCAGCUCUUUGGCGGGUCCAGCGGCAACGAUCAAAACGCCUCUUACGAUGCCCAAGGCAACAAGGGCGCUGAAGGCCAAUUCGGCCAGCAGGGCCAAUUUGGUGCUGUCACCGGCGGCGGCUUUGGCGGCGGGCUCGCCAAGAAUGCUCAGGGCGAGCACACCAACCAGGGCCAGAGGGACAGUCCUUACGAGGGUAUCCACAAUGACGACAGUACCUCCAGUGGUGGCUACGGUCAGAACGCCCAGGGCGGCGCCUUCUCCAGGCAAAAUCAGCUUGGCGCGGACAACCACAACAACUACAACCCAGGAGGUGUAUCGGACGACAAUGAGGGCAGCAAGACGGGGUACAGUACCCCUGGCUACAGGAGGGAAGACGAAGAUGAGGAGCAGCUCCGGGCUCGGAACCAAAACGUGUAUGGCCAACAGUCGGAUGAACGUGGGAGCAAAGACAAUGACUAUCACGAGAUUUGA